GUACGUGUGACAAAAGUAUGUAAUCUUGAGUUUCGUUUUGCUUUUUCCGAGAGCAUCAUUUGUAAAAAAAAACCAUAAAGCUGCCCAUCAAUUACUUCCUAUCAACCGAUCAACUAUCUGAUACACUGUCAUUAUAUGUUAAAUUGUUAAUGCUUGACGCCUUCACCUGCUGGUACCGGUAAGAACGUAAUAGUUACAAAUGUCAUCCUGACGAUCUCGUUCCCGACGUCUACCGAACUGUUGUUGUGUUGAUCCAUCUGACAAAGUAGUUCAGGGGCCGAAAUUAUUCCCAAAGGAAAAGAAAGGGUGAGAGUGAGACCUGGGAGUUACAGCGACGCAGAGAGAGAGAGAGAGAGAGAGAGAGAUGGCGGUCAUGGAGAAGCUGAAAAUGUUCGUCGUUCAAGAGCCCGUGGUCGCAGCUUCGUGCCUUAUCGCUGGUGUCGGCCUCUUCCUUCCAGCUGUGGUCAGGCCUAUCUUGGAUUCCUUUGAAACAUCUAAGCAGGUAUCACAUCCUGCUUUAGGUGAUGUGGUUGCAGGAAUGACAGGUAAAAAACAGUAGCUGAGGCAUUUCGGUCCUAAUCACUUAUGGAAUAAACCUUUUUUGUGCUCUUCCGCUCUUCAUAACUGCAUGAUCAUGUAGAUUGUUGCACAUUUCCAUUUUGUAUUUCAUGUUUGUUUCUUUCUCAUUUUUUGGCAAGCAUGUCAAUGAAUGCAAACCUUGAACUAAGUUCUGAUCCUUUUUUUAAACCCUUUAUAUUGCUCUAGAGAAUCGAUUGGAGUGAAUGCAUCUAGUACAUGCCCUCUACUAUUGAACUCAUUUGAUCUAA